AUGCUCGAGCUCGUGCCAGAAGAACUACUGACAGAAGCCCGCGUUCCUCCCACCCACGAGAAGAAAAAGGUCGACUGGCAGGAUUUACCCAAUGAACUUACUCUCGCCAUCUGGGAGUACAGUCUCGCACCGCCCACGGCUCCCCGUCUGAUCCAUCUCACCCCCAAAAAGUCGAGUCGGCUCUUGGAAAUCAAGCCCCUCGUAAGAAGUCGUGUAACAACGGAGGAUGAGACCACCAUGCCGGGCGUGAGAUGGAAAAAGCAGGUCUAUAGACCCCCCGGCUGGCAGACACAUCGCGAAGGAUACGCAGCUUCGGAUUGUCGUUUCGAGACCUGGACUCAGGCCCAGGCUCUCGUUCCGCCUCCAGCGCAGAUAGCCAUCUGCCGACAGUCGCGCCAGGUGCUUUCUAAGGUCUAUGGACAGAAAUUGGCGGAUCCGUCCACCGGAGAGCCCACUGUGUGGUUUCUGCCUCAAGAUACCCUUUAUCUCAGCUGGCCUGUUCUCGACAAACUGAUCAGAAAUCGUGCUACAGCAAAAGACCUUGGUAUCGAGGUUGAACGCGUUGAAAGGCUCGCGUUAGACAAGUGCCCGUCAUCGACGAUGCGCGGGGGCCCUUGUCGGGGAUACCUCAGCCGUUUCAAUCGCCGCACGAUGUCAAGGUUGGACGACAUCCGCUGGAUGUUCAGAGUUAUACGAUGGUUCCCAAAUCUCAAGCUGGUCACGUUCGUAGCCAAGUACUACGAGCCUCAAGACUGCAGCAACUUGGUGAUGAUGGAUUUGAUGGAUAUUCCACGACUGCUGAGGAUUUAUAAAAAUGGGUACCGCCUCCCCUUCGAAAGCCGGAUGGACAAAGUCGAGGACGAAUCUCUCCCUUGGGCUGCGGACGAGCUUGAGGGUUUGCGUGAUUUGUUCUCCAGACAGCGAGACUGGGAGAUUACAGCAGGGGUACGACCCCAAAGCAAAAACUGGGUGAUUCCCAAGAUCGAGCUUGGGCUUAUUACGACUCUUCAGAGAAAGACCGAGUUCGAGGCUGCGCGGGAUGCUUUCUACAUGCAGAAGCGGCGGUAUUCGAUGAUUGUCGUCCUGGCAUCGCCGCAUUUCCCCUUACGGAUUGGGUUUUUCGUGAAGCAGAACUCGCUCAUCAGACAUGCGCUUCGGGACUUCUUGCUAUAUGUCAAGGACGACCUGCAGACGGCAAACAUAGCAUAUUUGCGGUGCAAUAACAAGCCGCAGCCGCUCAAUAGGAGAAUUUUAGACAUUCCUUUCUUGAAGAACGGCGGUACGUUGAUGGCUAUAGUCGCCUAA